AUGGCUCCCUGGCACAGGACAGUCGCUUUCAUAUGCUCAACGCUUGCUUUUCUUCUUCAUUUCGGUUGCACGUCUGCUGCUGAUCCAGAUCAUGCCAUAAACUACUUCAAUAAUGCACCAACUCGGUUGUUCUUUUUCGACGAUACGACUAGCGUGAUAUACCAUGAUGCCAUCUUCGGGGAAAUACAUGUUUUCCAGGACGAAGGCAAGACCUGGAAACGCGCAGACGACAUACCACCUGGCGAGGCUGCAAUGUUUAUUGAGCACCCAUUCAACAAUCGCGUGGCAUCUGUAUUAACAAACUCGUACACGCAUUACCGCACAGACAACCGCGGAAAGUCAUGGCGCACAUUCGACGUCCCUGAGCUACUGACCUAUGUCCAAAAACCACUCUCGUUCCACUCAGGUCCCAAAAAAUGGGAGUAUACCCUCUUCCAGACUACCAAAUGUGACCAAAUUUCCUGGGGAAAACGCUGUCGAGACGUGACAUACCACACCAAAGAUGGAUUUGCCUCAUCACCACAACUACUCCUAGACGACGUCUCCCAUUGCCAAUUCGCUCACAGUAGUAAGGACUUCAAACAUGACGCUCACGAAGACCUCGUCUACUGCGUCGCCUAUGACUCUUCCGCGGUGACUGACUCGCACAACAUUGCAAGCAGUCGUCUGUACUCCAGCACAGACUUUUUUGCCACUAAGCAGAACGAAGACCUUGGCAUUGGAAAGGAUGCCAAGGGUGUUGUGGCGUUUGAGAUCGUGUCCAAGUUUGCUGUGGUUGUGCUCAAGGACUUGACACCCAGCAGCGAGGGUGAAAUGCUAUUAUAUGUUACUGCGCGCUUGCGGCAAAACGCAUACACUAUCGUCGAGUCUACAGUCCAUUCUCUAGCAGUGGAUAUUGGCUUGCACGACAUAACCACUGUCGGUACCCUAUUCGUCAGCAACUCUAAUGGCACUUAUUUCGUGGAGAGCUUAAUGGACACGAACAGGAACUUGGGGGGGUACGUUGACUACGAUAUCAUAUAUGGGGUUGAGGGUGUUGGUAUUGCCAACAUUAUUGCUAAUGUGCAAGACGUUGAGAGGAAGAUGGCAGCCAAGCAAUUACGGUUGGUCAUCACAUUCAAUGAUGGCAGCUCAUGGGAUCCUCUUGUCGCUCCUAGCGGUACCUGCUCCUCUGAACCAUGUUCGCUGCACUUGCACUCAGUAACAAACAUGCACAACUAUGGCCCUGUUUUCUCGUCCCCGGCCCCUGGCUUCGUCAUGGGUGUUGGUUCCGUUGAAAAGGCGCUCGCGCUGUAUGAGGAGAGCAACACCUACAUGAGCACCGACGCCGGCCUGAUGUGGACCAUGGUCUGCGAAGGCGCAUGUCAAUACCAAUUCAGCGAUUCCGCAACUGUCAUCGUCAUUGUGGCGACGAACAACCUACUGACUACAUCAUGUACUCCACGGACAUGGGUCAGACCUGGUAUAUCUUUCCGCCCUGCUGCUUGCUGCGUGUGCAUGAACACGUACACUGUUGGGAUUCAAUCCCGUGCCAGGAGCUUGACGACGGUAUCGGAUUCGACGUCUCAGAAGUUCCUUCUCCUCAGCCAGGUCAUGCGGCAGUCCCAACAACCUAAUCAGGGCCACAACGCUGCCAUUUACCUCGACUUCGCUGCCCUUGAGCGCUGGAAGUGUGGUACAAACAACAAGGAGUCAUUGUAUGCAAGAGCCAAUACCAAAUCAGAGUGCAUCAUAGGUGCCAAGUCAUGGUACACGAGGCGCAAGGCUAACGCAGAUUGCUACAUGGGUGAGAAGUUCCAUGAUCCGCAAGUUCAUGAUGAUAAGUGCCCAUGCGAGGAACGUGAUUAUGAGUGCGACUACAACUACGUGCGGAGCGAUGGCAAAUGUGUACCUUCAUUUUCAAAGCGCAUACCCAGCACUCAGUGCACCCUUGGGACGCCCGGCGAAAAGUACAUGGGUUCAUCGGGAUAUCGCAAGAUCCCUGGGAACAAGUGUGAAGGUGGCUCUCCCAUGGACAAGCCUGUGUCUAAAGAUUGUUCUGGAGCUGAACCUGUUGAAGGAGCAAUCGUUCACCAGAUUCAUUCAUUCCCUAGUGAUAUUGUACAGAGCAAGUAUUUCAAGGACUCAAAGGUGAGUGUCCUAUACAUCGUACCAUAUCAAUACUUCAGCUCCCAUCUGCCUCCAUAG